CAGGAAUAAGCAGUUAUCAAGAAGAUAGAUAAUGGAAAUGCUUCUGUGCAGAAACAGAAAAAUAACGUAGCUAUUUUAUCAGUUGAUGUGUGGGGGUGUAUUUCCUGUGCUUAUAUCACUCUACUCUCGGACUUUACCGCAACAACUUAAAGAAUGUAUUGGUAUAGUUCCUUGCUCAUAACAUUUACCUCUUUGUUUUUACAGGUAAGAGCGAUAUUAGGAGAAGGAAUAGACUGUCCUUCAAUAUGUACUUGUCGCUUGAAUAGAUUGUCAGAAACUGCUAUCAACAGAUUUGUUAGAAAAAAUGGAGAACCAAUCAUCGGAGAAUUUGGAUCUUCAGAGAACAAUGAGGUUUUAUACGACGAAAAGCAAGACAUGCCCGAAUUCUUAGAUAGUCACGAAAACCCUAUAAUCAGAUCUGCAAUAUGCAUUCUUCAAACAGAAACUAGUCCUCUGGAACUAUUUGAAGCACUUCCAGAAACUACAGAGAGUCUCACACUAAUCCAAGGCUACGAAUCUGGAAACAAGACUUUCAAAGUAAGCACUCUCGCAAAAUUCCCAAAGCUAGUCACUUUAGAACUACUUGGAGCUAGCUUGAUUAACCAUACUUCUAACUCGCACCUUAUAUGCGAGGUGGACACGCCGUUACCAGAUCUGAAGUACUUAAACUUAGAAAAGGUGCUUAUUCGUAACUCCAAACAGCAAAUUGUCAAUUUUUUGAAAGAAAUCAGUGAGGAAGAUCAAACUUUUGAAUAUGUACAACGGAUCAAUGAUGAUCAUCAACUGACUAUGUUACAAAAAGGCGUGACACAAGAAGAGGUCAUACCUUAUGAACUAUUCAAACAGCAACGUGAAACAAAUGGUGAUGCUACUUUGUUCAUAGGUUUCAAGAGUUUGAUUUUGCUUAGAAUAGCUGGAUGUGAACUGAACAUUCACUGGGAGAUGUUUGAUAGAUUGAGCAACUUGGAAUAUUUGAUUUUAGAAAAGAAUAAUUUGAAAUUCAUUCCAGCGUUCACGUUUUAUGGAACACCCAACUUAAAAUAUCUGUCACUAGCGCAUAAUAAGUUGCUUGAUAUACAAAUCACAGAUUUAGCAGGGUUAUUAGAACUAGAAGUCUUAGAUCUAUCAUAUAACAAUUUUACCCAACUGUCGGAACUGUCAUUUCCUCCAUUCCCUAAGCUAAAAUUGGCCAAUUUUGCUAACAACCCAAUCAGCGUUAUAUUCCCUAAUACAUUUGAAGUUAUGAACACAACAAAUUCACUGAUAAUAGGUAGUGAUUAUAUGAAACUAACUUUGAUAACAAAUUCUUUAAGUGGCUUGAAUAUGUUGGAGAAACUCACUAUAAACAAUCUUGAGUUAAGAUUGCUGAAAAGAGAUAUGUUCAAUGGUUUGCCGAAUUUGUUAGAACUUAUAAUGAAUGGCAACAUAACUGAGAUAGAAUAUGAUGCAUUUUUGGAAGUAAAUAAAAUCGAAAAACUCCAUCUAAGUAAUUGUCAACUUGAAACUCUUAGCAUGGAUUCUUUUAUCGGACUUAAAAAACUUCUUUAUUUGGAUCUGUCAAACAAUAACUUGCAAAAUCUACCACCAGGCGUAUUCGACCAACUUACGUCGAUAAAAGAGUUGUAUUUGAAUGGUAACAAAUUGCAACAGUUACCACUACGUAUUUUUUCAAAAUUACACGCAAAAUUGAUACGACUAAAUGACAAUCCUUGGGAGUGUAGUUGUGCUAUGUCUGACUGGAAGCCUAUGAUAAUCAAUAAAGUUAAAGUCAAAGUACUCAAAAAGUGUGAUUAUUCGGCUGAUAAAGGCAUAGAGUGCUCGGAAAAGGAUCCAUACGAAUUCAAGUAUAUUUACGAAAACAAAGUCGCCCCAAAAUGCGUGAAGCCGAUACAAUUUUUGAACUGGAACCUGUUUCAUGCCAUGAGACGUAUCCUGCAAUGUCCAGACUAUAAACCAAAAUUGAGAAAAAGUCAUGUUACUGUGGACACUCAAACUGGUACAACAGAAAUACUGGUUUCAACUACUGAAUCGUUCAAGUCCAAUUACAAAAAACGAAAAAUGUUACUUAGGAAACGAUUGUUGAAAAGAAAACAAUAUUUGAAAAAAAUUAAUACUUCAGAGGAUAAUAACAUCAGUCUAAAGCAAAAAUUAACAGUGAAUAAAAGUAUCGAUGAGGAAAUUAGUAAUAACAUUAAUAUAAUAUGAACUGUAUUACAAGCUAUCACAAAAAAAUCUAUGAUGACUUCGAGUUUUUUUUACCUGUUUUUUACGCUGAUACAAGCAACUGAAUACCUACUGUAAACUGUAAUGUAGCUUUUGUAAAUUUUAUAUUUGUGUACAAGACACUAUAAUCAAAACCAAGUGAAUAACCAAAAUUUCUGUGUUAUGUACCGCGGUUAUAAUAUGGUUUAAGAUGACACACGGGUUGAUGACGUCAGUUACUCGAAUCGCUUGAACGUGUUGGUUUUAACCGCGGUUUUGUUGCAGGUUGUUUAUUUUAGAAAAGCGCGUAUAUAAUUUCUGAUUAUUUUUUAUCACUUAAUAAUCGGUGCUUUUUCGUCUACAACAGUGUAUGGAAAGAUUAAAAAAGAAACCUUUCAUAAUAUUAAUGGGAGAAAUGUUUUUUUUUCAGAAAAUAAUUUUUAAUGAUGGAACCAUGGCCUUGUGCUAUGAUAACUUUCAAUUCUCUAAACUUUGCCGCAUGUCAAAGAACACAUUUAUUGAUUUAGCAUAAAUGAUAGGAAAAACCGUAUACAGGUGGACAUUAUUCAGUAAGUUUAUAUGGCCAUAUUUUAAUAUUCUUGUGGUAUAUGGUUAAGCAUAGGAACAAGAUUUAAAGUGUCCCCAACAACAGAAAUGAGAUGUUCUACUUUAUGCUACAACUGAAGUCAGCCUGUAUCAAGUUUCCCAGAAAUGAAGCUGAAGUACAACAAAAAUAUCCAAUACCCGGAAAAAUUCUAACUUGUCACAUUUCAAAUAAUAACCAGAAAUUUAAAAUUACUCCUGAGUUGAGUAAACACCACAAUUUUGCGGUGAUAACUAUGACAUAUAACAGCUGAUACAUGAUGUCACGGAUCUUAUAACCAAACUGAUAACCAUACUCACUUGAACGAAUCAGUAAAUACUAAUCCAAAAUGGUAAAUACCGUUAUCAUUUGGUUAUUCGCUUGAAUUCGAUUUAUAUAUCUUUUAAAAAUAGGUUAAGCUUUCAGAAUUUAAAGUCACAAUGCAUAAAGACUUAUUCUUUCACUAAAGUUAUCCUUGUUGUGAGAAAACCUUGUAAACUUGACAGUCUAUAGGAGUAACAGGAGAGCUUCACAAUAAGGAGACUUCAAGUAAUUAUAAUGUACUUGUGUAUGAUGGCCGAGUGGAGACAUAUGUAAAUACACAAAUUCUUGUAAAUAAGAAAUAUAUAAAUGUACAAUGUAAAAUAGCAAUUCUGCAUAUGUAACAUUUACACAAUAAAUAUUAGAAUUCAUAUUAGUGUCA